AGACUUCCAACCAGGCCAGUGAGACUGGUUCUGGGUCCAAAGAUAACUGGACCCAGAGACUCUGUCUCCUUCCACCACCAUCCUCUGGGUCUAACUCUGAUCUUCUCAAGGAUGUCAGGGCAGAAUGAGACCUACAAUGUUUCCUACACUGACUUCUUCUUGGUAGGUUUUCCAGGGCUGCAGGAAACUCGGUCCCUCCUGAUCCUUCCAUUCUCCUGCAUAUACUUUGUGAUACUCUCAGCCAAUGCCCUGGUCAUAUACACUGUGGUGGCCCAGAGAAGCCUGCACCAGCCCAUGUAUGCCCUCAUUGCCCUGCUCUUGACAGUCAAUCUCUGUGCUGCUACUGCCGUUGUGCCCACCAUGCUCUUUAGCUUCUCUACUCACUACUACCGUAUUUCUCUUUCCUGCUGCCUCAUCCAGAUGUUCUCUAUCUACUUCCUUAUCGUCUUUGACUGCAAUAUCCUCCUGGUUAUGGCACUGGACCGCUACAUUGCCAUCUGCUAUCCAUUGCGUUAUCCAGAAAUUGUGACAGGGCAGCUAUUGACAGGUUUGGUGGGCUUAGCGGCAAUAAGGAGCACGUGCAUUGUUGCCCCCGUGGUGAUACUAGCUUCAAGAGUGUGCUUCUGUCGCUCCAACAUCAUCCGUCACUUCACCUGUGAGCACAUGGCUCUGAUGAAGCUGUCCUGUGGAGACAUCUCACUCAACAAGACAGUGGGACUUGCAGUCCGCGUCUUCAACCGAGUCUUGGACAUGUUGCUACUGAGCACUUCCUACACACGCAUCAUCCAUGCUGCCUUCCGGAUCUCCUCUGGGGGAGCGCGCUCCAAAGCCCUGAAUACUUGUGGCUCCCACCUACUGGUCAUUUUCACUGUUUAUUCCUCUACACUCUCCUCUUCCAUUGUCUAUCGUGCAGCCCGCACUGCCUCCCAGGAUGUGCACAACCUGCUCAGUGCCUUCUAUUUACUGCUCCCCUGCCUUGUUAAUCCUGUUAUCUAUGGAGCCAGAACCAAGGAGAUCAGACAACAUCUAGUCAAGAUAUUUCAGAGAGCAGGACCUCAGGCCUCUUCUGAAAAAAACCCAUCCCUACCUCCACAAAGAGAGCUUCCUUCAUAAUGCCCCAGGAUCUGGAAGAGAGGUGCAUCCCUAGGAACAGAGGGACCCAACAAUCAUCCAGAUCAUAUAUUCUUGUAUAAUUUCCAACCUUUUUCUGAUAGUUGCUCUCUAAGAUAGGAAGAGGGUAAAUAUUAGAGCCUGACAAGAUUACUCCAUUACUUACUUCAAUGAUUUUAUUAGCUUUUUGAGUUCCAACUGAUGUUUUCUUGUAUUUGGAGACUUAUUCCAUUGAAACAAAUGAGAUAAUAUUUGCAAAGUACUUAGCACAG